AUGGAUCACGCGUGGCGGAAGUGGAUGUGGACGGUGCAGGAGAUUGUGCUGGCUAGGUCUGCGAAGUUGACAUGCGGGGGGAAGUCAGCCUCCUGGGGUUACCUCGGUGAAUCGACGGCGUUUGCGCUCGAGGUCCCGCGUUUCAAUACGAGGCUCAGGUUCGGGAGGCCAAUAGACGAGGCCGUGUUCGACGAGACCACCGCCGGUGAUGAUGCCGGCCGCAAUGUCCCGAGGUUGUUCGAGGACGAUACUGUGUUAGAGAUAGAAGGGGUGUCGGUAGAUCAGGUUGAGAAGUUAGGCGACGCGUGUCCAAGCUUCGCUGCGGGCUAG